CUUGGCUUUUACUUUCGUGUCAUUUCUUCGUGUUUGCUCCUUUGGUUUAGGUCCUUCUUUUUUCUUUGCUUCGGGAAUUAUUUCAGCGCGUGUGCUCACCGUCAAAUCCGAUGCCACCAGCGUCGGUGACGGGUAGUCACUCGUCAACUCUGGGACGACGAUUUUUUAAGUCAUCUUCUUGUCGAAAAACUUGGAACCGGUGUCGUCCCUCUUUAUGUUCACAAGAUGGACCCCUCGCACAGACUCCCUAAGGUUGACGCAGGUGAUCUUAUGGAAAUUGUUAGACGCUUAGUUGAAAGUAAGUCUGGACCUCAAAUUGCUGUCCGCCAAGCGGUGGAUGCACUACUAGCCCUCCCGCCUGUUCGCUACUACCUACGGCCUUACACCCAAAAACAAAUUAAUGCCUUUGCCACGCAUGCCUCUCGUUAUUUUGAACUCUAUAAUCCCCAUGGCUCCAUAGAAAUUGCGCAUACAUCUCGCUACUCACACAUGACUGGAAAGUCGGAGUUGUGUAUACUCGCCACACGACCCCUGACUCCCGGCAUGGUCAUUGCCGAGCUUAAGGGUUCGAUGGCUCACCUGUCGAAAGAGGAGGAUAGAGAACUGAAACGGACAGAUUUGAGAAAUAGUGAUAUUAGACGGGAUUUUAGUGUGAUUCACUCCCGACAGAUGAAGAAGAAUCAUCUCUUUUUGGGACCCGCUCGGUUUGUGAACCACGAUUGCGAGAAUAACUGCGAACUUUUCCGGGAGGGCAAGUACAUAACCUUCCGUGUCGUUCGGCCCGUUGCUAUUGGCGAGGAGAUCACAGCUCACUAUGGUGACGGUUAUUAAGAAAUCGGUAUUGCCUGUGCGAGACGUGCGAGAAGAACGGACGAGGUGGUUAUACUCCAGAAAAUAACAACGGUGGCAGUAACUCAGACGUUGGGGGGUCAGAAGAUGAUUUCAGUGACUCUGAACCCACACCUGCUGCGGUAGGCAACGUGAACGAGCGAAGGACUCGUAGGGGUGUUUAUGCUAUCAUUCA